AUGCAAAUCCAGAGCAACAUUCAGAGUGUCAAUUCGAUUUUCGGAUGCAACGCGUCCGGCCACAGCGGAAUCAACCAGCUGGGCGGGGUCUACGUGAAUGGGCGGCCCCUGCCGGAUUCGACCCGCCAGAAGAUCGUCGAGCUGGCCCAUUCGGGCGCUCGGCCGUGCGAUAUUUCCCGCAUUCUGCAGGUUUCCAAUGGAUGUGUCAGUAAGAUUCUCGGACGCUACUACGAAACGGGUUCGAUCAAGCCACGUGCCAUCGGAGGGAGCAAACCGCGCGUGGCAACGGCAGCCGUCGUAGCUAAAAUCUCCGAUUACAAAGCCGAAUGUCCCAGCAUCUUUGCCUGGGAGAUCCGGGAUCGACUGCUGUCGGAAGGAGUUUGCAAUAAUGAUAAUAUUCCCAGCGUUUCCUCGAUCAAUCGAGUUCUGCGAAAUCUAGCAUCCAACAAGGAAACUUCAUCGCAAAGUAAUGAUACGGUUUACGAGAAGAUCAAAUUGUUCAACAACACCAGCAGCCACUGGACCUGGUGCCAGAACAUCGGCGGCGGUCAGUUUAACUUUUCAUCCCAUCCGAUUUCGCAUCUUUCGCUGAAAAGUCCAACCGACCCGCAGCAAUCGAAACCUGUUAAUUGCUGUUUAGAGGAAAUGAGCGACAAGUACUCGUCGGAGGACGACGAAGACUCGGAGCUGCGGUUGAAGCUGAAGCGCAAACUGCAGCGCAACCGGACGUCCUUCACCAACGAGCAGAUUGAGAAUCUGGAAAGAGCAGAAUUCGAGCGGACUCACUAUCCGGACGUGUUCGCGCGGGAACGGCUCUCCGAGCGGAUUCAGCUGCCGGAAGCAAGAAUACAGGUAAUAGGGUUCGGUUGA